AUGUACGAGGCAGCGGCGGAGCACUCGCGACCGUCUUUGAGGUAUAGUGCGAAUGUGUGGAGUGCACUCCGGCCGCACAUUCGGCAAGAGUUGCAUCCGGUGUUGUACGAGAUAUUGCGGAGGUGUAUUCGGGACGAGAGGGCGCUGAAGGCGCUCUUGUCUUACUGUGCGGCGCAUCACCCGAUGGCGGAUGUUUCUGAGGAGGAAAAGAAAUCGUUCAAGUCUGAAGAGCACCGAGCGCCACUGGAUUCGUCGGACUUGGCGUCCUUGAUUUGUGAGUUGGGUAACGAGAAUGAGUUGCUCAAGUUAUUGGGUGACCGGGGUCCGGACUUCGGGUUAUCGUUGUUGGUUAUCUUAGAAUUGCUAUUCCAAGUAGCCUUUUGUUUGCGACGUCAGAAGGAUUCGAACCCGGAGGUGUUGAAUGCGAUGUCUUAUUGCAGUAGAUUGUUGGAGGUAUUGAGUCUGCAUUUGGAUUGUCCGCCACUGUGGCCGCACUUUACGAUAAAGUUCGGGAUGACUUUGACGGGGCUGACGUACCACCGCAAGUUACAAACCAUGGCGGCUUUUCGACUGUUCCAGCUGAACUACUUCGUCUUCCCACAGUGUCGGCCGCGGGCGUUAGCCGAAGGCGCGCCUACUCACAUGUUGGCCGUCCCGCGCGUGGAGCAGACGCUGUGGCAGUUAGUAAGUGAGCUGGCGUUGGAGAGUGCGCCUGCUGAGACAUUGCGGGCGGUCGCCGCUGGUAAGAGGCCGAAACAAUUGCAGUGUCGCGUGGACGCUAUGGCGCUGGUCUUCGAGCGUCUGCACCACUUGGCCACGUCCCUCUUCGGCGCUCAGCUUUUUCUCUAUGGCUCGGGGGCGACCGGAUUUGCGACCGUCAAGUCCGAUAUCGACGUCGUCCUGAUGGUCAGUGCCACGCAGCAGCAGCGUCUUCUCUCUGAGGCCCGCGCUGUCCGGGACGCAGGAGGUGUUGACCUUAACGUCUUCCCCGCCCAGUCCCAGACGCAACCCGUCUCCCUCGUAGGUGACUGGAGCUGGCUCGAAGAGAAAGUAGGACCCACUGCCGCCGCCAUCUGGCUGAACCGAAAAUUCGCCUGGGCAGCCCACCGCUUGUUUGGCUGGAGCGUCCAAUGCGUCCAGAGCGCCUAUGUCCCGAUCAUUCGGGUUCUGGCUUGCGUCGACGCCCAACGCGCUCUACCUUGCGAACUGCCGGCUCCCUUUCGCCCGGACGCCGCCCCAGGUACCGCCAUGGUCAACCUCCUCCGCAAAGUCCCACCCUGCGCUGCGCGCUGCGCUGAUUCCGACGCAGACAUGCUCCAACUCCUCGCCCAAGCUCAUGGCAUGUCGCGCACACGUGUGCGCACACACAUUGCGCGAGCGGUCGCCGCCGAAAUCUGCGCAGAAACAAUUUACUCUGGCUGGACCCCCGCUCUCGUCAGUCUCGCAGAUCCCGUCCUUGCACAACGAAUCCUCCAAGGCGGCGAUCAGACCGACCCAGGCGGCGAUCAGACCGACCAAGGCGGCGACUUGGAAGCCGGGGUAACUACCUUACUCAAAAUGUUUGCGCUCUUCUGGCGUGACUUAAAAGAGCGCAAGGAGGGCCUUCUCGACUUCGCCAGCACACGAGCCCUUUCGGCCGCCCUACUCCCCGCCAGACCCGACACACGAGUCGAUGACGGCCGCCUCAGCGACAUACACGCUACCGAGCGAGACCUUUACGUCGUCGAGGCCGACGUCUCUGUCGGGCGGCAAGUGGGUAUCCACAACAGCCGACUCCUCCGAGCCUAUGCACGCAUCGACCCGCGUGUCACGGCUCUAGGCGUACUCAUCAAACAGUGGGCCAAAACCAGUGGCAUCGA